CCUCCUCCCGGGCCCAAAAGGCAGCGCCCCGAGCCGCGCGCCGUUUGCGGCGCGGCCGCCCCGCGGGCCAUGGGCAAGAAGAGAGGCGCGCCGGCCGAGGGCGAGGCGCCGGCGGACGCGUCGGCCGCCGCGGACGGCGAGGGGGCGGCGGCGCCCGCGAGGGCGCGGCGGGGCCGCUCGCGCUGCUGCUGCUGCUGCUGCUGCUGCUGCUGCGGGUGCUGCCGCUGGCUGCUCGCCCUGCUGCUCGGCGCCGCCCUGGGCGCGGCGGCCUGCUUCGUGUGCGUGCUGCUCGCCCUCGAGGGCGGCUGCGGGGACGCCGCGCUGGCCGCCGCGCGCGCCUGCGGGGCCGACGGGCUCGGCGGGGCCCGGUGCACCGAGGCCGUCACGGGGACGACUUCUCUUCCUCCACGAUCGCCGGCUGCCGCGCGGCCGCAGAGGGCGCGGGAGGCGCCUGCGCGGCGGCGGUCGGGCAGGCCGACCGCUUCUUAGCCGCCGCCGUGCACGCGGCGGACGGCGCAUGCGCGUCGUCGGUGGCGGCGGCGUCGGCGGCCCUCGCGGACUCCCUCGCCUCCCGCGGGGCGAGGAGGCAGCAGGAGCGCCCGCGGAGCCGCCGGCAGAGGCGGCAGCGACGGAGGAGGCCCCCGCGGCGCAGGCGCCCGCCUCACCGGCGGCGGCCGCCGAGCCUCCUGCGGCGGCCGCGGAGCGGCCAGCGGCGGCAGCGGCGCCGGGCCCGGAGGAGCGACCCAGAGUCCACGGCGGCGUGCCCCGACCUGCACGACGCGAUGUUGACGUGGAUCUACGGCAUCGACCACAUCAAGGCCGCGAACGCGGGCGAGAAGACUGGGAUGCAGCAGUACGUGGACCAGAUCUCCACCGACGCGGCGGCCUUCAUGGGCCUCCCGCGCGGCCACCCGCAGCUGCGCUCGGCCUUCGACGGCCUCUCGUUCAACAACCGGCAGGUCUUCGAGGCGCUCCGGGGCCACUUCGAGCCCCAGCGGCCGGAGCAGCGGGCCGGGCCCGCCGCGCCCCUGCCGGCGCGGGGGCUGCUGUGCCGCGGCGGCUCCUGCGAGGCCCAGUGA